AUGCGUGAAGUAUUGCAUAGCGUGAAGGAGACACUGAACAAUGGAACAGUCCUGGUUUUCCUUCUGCUUUCUGCUUUGCUGGCAAUGGCGGGGCAGUCGGAGACGAGACUGUUUGGUCAAUACCUUUCUCGUCCCAAUCACUAUGCGGACGGUGCUAACAUUCCAGUUUGGAUUCUUCCAAUGACAUCCUUUGAUUCUCAAGUCUCACUCCCCUAUGAUGAAUCUCUCUUUUGUACCACAACCAACAAGAACAACGACAACGACAACGACAACGACAACGACAACAACGAUAACAACAAGGCGACGCCUCCGUCUCGUUGGAUUGUGGAUUCCAAUCCCACUUUGCCGAGUUCCAUCCAGGUUCGAAACGAAUAUGAAUCGUCAAACCAAAAAUAUCCUUUGUGCCAAAAGACGCUCAGUGAAGACAGAGCAAGAGCACUUCAGAAUCUAAUAGAAAAGCGAUAUCGUCACAAUAUUGCAAUAGACGACGGCUUGCCGGCAGCUUGCACGUUCGUCGUCGGGUCUGGUGAUUUUGACAUCGACACAAAAACAUACCAUGGAGGAUGUCCCAUUGGAUAUAAAGACUAUGAUGGAUCAUUUUAUAUCUACAAUCACUUGAGAUUGAUAGUACGUGUGAACUCGUACGGCCAUGUCGUUCACUUUGACAUCCAACCGAAAAGCAUCCGUGGCAAAGAAGAAUGGUGGGACCAAGUACCAGCACAAGUGCAUCAUCAUGGUCAGAAUCAUGGUCAGAAUCAUGGAGAAGAACUAGUCGCCAACGAAUUGUCAGAUUACAACUUGACGGUAGGCAAAACAAAAUCUGCCAGGACAACCGAGCCCGCAAAAGUGACUGCCAACGAAACUAUUUACUUUUCCUAUCAAGUCGAGAUGAUGACGAGUGACCUACGGUGGUCUCACCGAUGGAAUGUCUACUUGACAGAGAACCACCUCGUUCCACCUCAGGUGCAUAUAUACAGCAUUACCAACAGUUUGUUGAUGGUGGUGUUUCUAGGAGCCUUGAUGGUCAAUCUGUGGAUCAAACGACUCAACAUGACUGCCAAACUGUCACAUCACCAGCACCAGCCGUUGCUGCCGAAAUCAGCCGACGACGACGACGAAGAAGAAGGAGUCCAUUCGUCAACAGUUGUAGGAUUUUGCAGCUGCUGCAAAAAAAACAAAGCCGACGCACAAAAAUGGCGACUCUUACAUGGUGAUAUAUUUCGACCUACAUCGACCUAUCCCAUGCUGUUGGUGGUUCUGACGGGGACCGGGGCCCAAAUACUAUCAUCCAUAUUGGUGCUUUGUCCCCUAUGUAUUUUGGGAAUUGUAUCUCCAAUUUACAAGAGGACCUUGUUGGUUGGGGCUCUUGGCGCGUAUUCCUUGGUGGGAAGUUGGGUGGGAGGGUACGUGACAGCCCAGAGCUGUCAGGCCCUUCAAUUGUCGAAGGAUAAAGAAGCAAGGGCACGAGCAAGCUUCCUCACAUCGGCAUUGUUUCCUAGCCUAUUGAGUAUUGUACAUAUUGGGAUAAACUCUUGGUCCAUACGGAUGAAUAGUCCCUCAACUAGACCACUCUUUCCAGAUGUCCUAAUGGUGAUGUUGGCCAUGGGCGUCUUUGUGUACCAAUCCUACCGAGGUGCAGAGUAUGGAUUUGCCAAUCCAAUGACGCCAUUUCCUACUGCAACUUCCGACACGAUUCGGGACAUUCCUAUAGAACCCAACGUCUGGAAGCGUUGGUGGUUUCGAGUGCUUCCUUACGUUGGAAAUGCAUUGAUUUUGUUUGGCAUCUUUUAUGUGGAAAACUUUUUCCUGAUGAGGUACUUUUGGUAUGGACAAUUCUUUGAUGCCUACGGCUACCUGACAAUUGUCCUGGUAUUGAUGGUGACAUCGUCGGCUGCGAUCAGUGUGAUAUGGACCUACAUGCAGCUGAACCAGGAGAAUCACAGUAGUUGGUGGUGGACGUCGUUUGCUGGUGGUGCCAGCAGUGGCUUGUCCUUCUUGUGGUACUAUUGGAGUACGAUGCAUACCUUUACUGGUGGUGGUGAUGAAGGACAUAUCAUACCGGUAGGUGCUGCAGUCUACUACCACGUUGUGACUUCAUUGGUUGCAAUUGGCAUUGCACUGUCCUCUGGAUUUGUCAGUUUUGCAAGCUCUCUGUUUUUCAACCGAAGCCUCUAUGGAAGUUUGAGUGAUGGAGAAUAA